UAGCAAUCUGUAUGAGGUGUCAUGAGUUUAAUUAAUGAGGUGUGUUCCACAGAUACUCAUUAUAAACGUUCCUUCACACAACACUCCAUCAGUAAAUAUAUCUAAAAUAAGAAUUUAAUGCACUUCUUGUUCCUAUUAAGUUCACUUGUACCUCUUACACCUCUAGCAUAGCAUUUCUAGUAAGUAAUUUAUUCAAAAUUAAUACCAGCGUUACUGUUCCAGUGUAAAUUCCUUUGCUUAUUACUUAUACCUUCACAUUAAACACACUAUGGACAGAGUGGAAACAUAGCUAGCAUUGCUCUUCAAGACCACAAGAAGUAUUAAGCAUCACCAGACAUAUUUCAUGUUUAAAGCUGGGUUCCUUUCUUCAGUGUUAGUGUGUACAACUAGCCUGUUACAUACACUUAAACAUUUUAGCUCAUCUGGCCUCCAGAGUUUUCUCUCCUUUAGGGAAAAGGGAGAUGUUGCUCCAGCUCAGAAAGCACCCAGAGGCCAGCUGCAUGCAAUAGCUAUAGGGCUUUUCCUAACUAGAUGGGCUUUGAUCAUAGUGUUGGUGAUCCAAAGAAGAUAGCUUGUAAGGCAAAUAGCAUGAAGGGUUACUCUUUGGGAGUGGAUAAUGUACCUCUAGGAAUUAGAACUGGGGAUGUGGGAUUCACCAAUUGGGCUGAGGCAACUCAUACCUCUUGUUAAGUCCACCAGUUGCACACCUCUGGUAGACAGUCACUGCACUGGACUCAGCCACAUAGUGAGAUUGUGAACAUCAGUCUGAGGCUGUGUGUGAUGAUUUCUGAGCAGGCACAUCAGCAAAAAAAAAAUAAAAAAAUAGGUGAUUCUGUAAUAACUUUAAAUCAGAAUUGUUCUUUUAAGUCAAAAUUAGCCAACCCAUUAUAAAGGUAAGAAAUAUAAAAUAUAAUUCUGGGGAAUUAGAGUUCCUCUUUACUAUAUGACAUUUUUAUAAUGUGAUUACAGGAAUAAUAUGCUGAGAAACCUGCAAUGGAUAGGCCUAUUAAAGCACUAAAAUAAUUCCUUAAGUGAUAAAAUAACAUUUGAAGCUGGUGCAUAUCUUAGCUAACUUGUGCAUUGUAAUAGUCUGAAUCAUGGCCACUGAAACUCAAGAAGGAUUUCUAAAUAUACGCCAUCAUGAGCAAAACAGAAGAUCUAUUACAGAUGUUACAGGCUUUCUGAAAAGAAGAAUGAAUUUUUUUUUUUUUUUUUUUUUUUCUGGCACAAACAGAAAGUUUUAUCGCUAGGAAGUUCCUCAAAGCAAGAACGUCUUUCACGAUAUAUACUCGAGGAGUACUCUGGCUAGGUGUCACGCAGAGCUGUAGGUCACAAAUCCUUUGGGUUGUCAGUGCCCUUCUCCAGUCUCUCCGUCGCCUUCGGCCGCUGCCAAGCGCUGACUGGUCCGGGUCAUGGCGCCGGUCCCGGUCCCGGCCCCGGCCCCGUCCAGGGCUCGCUCAGCGACACUGCGACCGCAAUGAAGGGACCACCCUCACCCCGCUCCAGCCGCCCCGGGAGCUCCGAGGGGCGGCGGCCCCCGGGGGCAGGGCCGGGCCGCGGGCGGGGCGGUUCCGCCGUGCCCGCCGACCCCCGGCAGCCGCUGCCGUCCCGUCCUGCGCCGUCCCGGGGCGUUUUGGAGCCUGGGCGGAACCAGAGCGGCCCCUCUCGCUUGAAGCCGCGGAAGAUGGGUUUCCUGGGCAGGCUGGCGGCGCUGCCAAAGCUCGGCGCUGCGGCGGCGGGCCGGGGCGGGGGCGCCUGGCGGCGGCCGGGCCCGUCCUGCGCGGCCGUCCCGCUGCCGGCCCGGGCCGCCGCUGCCCCCCGCCCGCCGCCCGGCGGCCGCGCCGCCUCCUCCCGGCCGCGGGGCAACUACGAGGAAGUGUUUCGGUCCUGCCUGGCGGAGCCCGAGAAGGUCUGGGGGGAAGUCGCCGAGCAGAUCCAGUGGUACAAGCCCUGGGUCCGGACCCUGGAGAGGGGCAGCCUGGGGAGCGCCUCCUGGUUUGUAGGUGGAGAGCUGAAUAUCUGUUACAACGCUGUCGAUCGUCAUGUUGAGAAUGGACGAGGAGACCAAGUUGCCAUUAUUUAUGACAGUCCUGUAACAAAUACCAAAGAGAAAAUAACAUAUAAGGAACUUCUGGAACAGGUCUCCAAGUUAGCUGAUGUCAUGGUCAAACAUGGUGUGAAGAAAGGAGAUCGUGUGGUCAUCUACAUGCCCAUGAUUCCACAGACAGUGUACUGUAUGCUGGCUUGUGCAAGAAUUGGAGCCAUCCAUAGCCUGAUUUUUGGCGGAUUUGCAUCUAAAGAACUUUCGGUUCGCAUUGAUCAUGCAAAGCCCAAACUUAUUGUAACAGCAAGUUUUGGAGUAGAACCGAAAAGGAAAGUGGAAUACAUAUCUCUCCUAGAAGCAGCACUGGCAAGGGUACAGAGCCAACCUGAUAAAGUUCUCGUUUACCAGCGACUUAAUUUGGGCCAUGUUCCUCUUACCAAAGGUCGUGAUCUUGACUGGGAAGAAGAGCUUGCAAAAGCACAGUAUUCAAAAUGUGUCUCUGUUGCUUCAGACCAUCCACUUUAUAUUUUGUAUACAUCUGGAACAACAGGUUUGCCCAAGGGUGUUGUGAGACCAACUGGAGGCUAUGCAGUUAUGCUUAACUGGACCAUGUCAGCUGUAUAUGGCCUCAAACCUGGUGAGGUAUGGUGGGCAGCUUCUGAUUUAGGCUGGGUUGUUGGUCAUUCCUACAUUUGCUAUGGACCUCUCCUUCAUGGUAAUACUACAGUUCUGUAUGAGGGGAAGCCUGUGGGAACGCCAGAUGCUGGUGCCUAUUUCCGUGUGCUAGCAGAGCAUGAAGUAGCUGCCUUCUUUACUUCACCAACUGCAAUUAGAGCAAUCCGUCAGCAGGACCCUGAGGCAGCCCUGGGAAAGCAGUACUCACUGAAAAGGUUGAGAACGAUGUUUGUAGCUGGUGAGCACUGUGAUGUGGACACGCUAGAAUGGUCAAAAAGAGUCUUCAAGGUGCCUGUCUUGGACCACUGGUGGCAAACUGAAUCUGGUUCUGCAAUUACAGCUUCCUGCAUUGGUUUGGGAAACUCAACCACACCUCCACCCGGACAGGCAGGGAAACCCGUGCCAGGAUAUAAUGUCAUGAUUCUGGAUGAAAAUAAGAAGCCAGUGAAGGCAAAGACUUUGGGAAAUAUUGUGGUAAAGUUGCCUUUGCCUCCUGGAGCAUUCUCAGGUCUUUGGGAAAAUCAAGAAACAUUUCAGAAGUUGUAUUUCCAAAAAUUUCCAGGAUAUUAUGAUACUAUGGAUGCUGGUUAUAUGGAUGAAGAUGGCUAUCUAUAUGUCCUGUCUCGAGCUGAUGAUGUGAUCAAUGUUGCUGGACACAGAAUUUCAGCAGGUGCGAUUGAAGAGUGUAUUCUCUUCCAUCCCGCUGUGGCAGACUGUGCUGUUGUGGGCCAGGAGGAUCCUUUAAAAGGACAUGUUCCAUUUGCACUGUGUGUACUGAGAGAAGGUAUAAAGACACAAGAGAGUAAGAUUUUGAAAGAGAUUGUUGAGCGAGUUCGGACCAACAUUGGUCCAGUAGCAGCCUUCCAGAAGGGGAUGUUUGUGAGACAGCUGCCAAAAACACGCUCUGGCAAGAUUCCACGUUCUGCUCUUUCUGCACUCAUCAGUGGAAAGCCAUACAAGGUAACACCAACCAUUGAAGAUGCUAGUGUGUUUAAACACAUUGAAGAAUUGCUAAAGAAAAAUUAAAUGAGAUAAUACAUAAUAACAAGAAUUUCAAUUUUUCAAGUAUACAAAAGAAGCAUUUUUUUGUUAAGAAUACCACAUUUUAAAAACAAGUAAUGAUUUGGGACUAAAUGUUUUUACUGCAGAAACAUUACUGUUGUUUACCAUCUUGCCAGAGCCACUGACACAUAGUAAAGUCUCUACAUGCUGCCAAUAUAUGCUGGUUAUUAAGAUGGCUAAGAAUUGCAAAUAGCAUUCAUUAAUUGCUGUAGUCCUUAAGAAAAGGAGUCAUUAGAUUAUCCAUCUUGCAUGGUGCCAUCUGUUAUUUUAUAAUGUGACUAGUAACUUUUGUUUGGCUAAAGCAGCUUACAAAAGGUAAAACAUGAACCGAGGACAGCAAUAAAAGGAGUUCGAUUGUGAAAACUGUUGCAGACAUAAAUUGUUCUUACUUGUAAAUUGUAAGCUCUUGUCUUUUAGAUUUUUUUUCUAAAAUUAAAAAUUUUAAGAUUA